ACAUUUUAUGUUUCUCUUUUUCUUAUCUAGACAUAAAAUCAACGUCAGAAACAACGCAUAUCUAAUAGUUUGUUUUUAUCUCCUGUUUGUUUCUAUUGAGUUUGUCUUCUGUCUACUUCCUGUUUGUUAAAUAAAGUUCUUGGGGAAAAAAAAGUGAGCGCAUGCGCAGAAGUAAACUUUAGUUAGUAAACACAAGACAUCUGAUUUAUGGAUGUAAUAAGUGAUUAAAGAAAGGUCAGGGGUCAGAGGCCAGCUUAGGUUUAGGCUUUUAAAGGAAAUAGAAGUGGUCCGGAUCUGGAAGUGAUUCGGUUCUGAGAACGGUGGCUCCUCCGUCCUGGAGGCUCAGGUCAGCUGACCCACAGCCCGUCUGUGCUGCCGAACCCCUGCCUCAUCCUGCGGUUCGGUUCUGGUAACACGGCAGAACCAGCUCUUCUGUGCGGACCCGGACCUCCUCUUCCACUUUCUCAUCCUCCUCAGCAUGGCCUUCAUCACCGCUAACUGGAACCCGCUGGGAGACGCCUUCUACCGGAAGACGGAACUCUAUGAGAUGUUCUGGAGCCUCCGGGACGGACUGAGGGACAGUCUGGUUGCAGCAGCUCCGUAUGGAGGCCCAAUCGCUCUGCUCAGAGAGCCGCUCAGACGUUCCCCCAGCACUCGUCCUCAGCUGGAGAUCUACUCCGCCUCCGGAGCGUCCAUCACCAGCUUCCCUUGGAAGAGCGGUCCGGUGGUCUACCUGGGCUGGUCCGUCAACGACGAGCUGCUGUGUGUUCAGGAGGACGGGACGGUUCUGAUCUACGACCUGUUUGGGUCCUUCAAGAGACAUUUUAGCAUGGGACAGGAAGUGGUCCAGAGUCAGGUGUUGGAGGCCAAGGUGUUCCACUCGCCGUAUGGAACAGGCGUCGCUAUAGUAACGGGUUCCUCCCGCUUUACCUUGGCAACCAACAUCGAGGACCUGAAGCUGCGCAGGCUACCUGAGGUCGCAGGUCUCCAGGGCAGGCCAUCCUGCUGGGCCGUCCUCACUCAGGACAGACAAACCAAAGUCCUGGUGUCCAGUGGACCUGAACUCUACGUCCUGGACAACACGUCCUGCACGGCUGUGUAUCCUCCAGGUCUCAGUCCUCAGGCUGGCAGCAUCGUCCACAUGUCAGUCUCCUUCAGCUACAAAUACCUGGCUCUGUUCACCGAGACAGGGCGCCUGUGGACCGGCUUGUCCAACCUACAGGAGAGACUGAGUGAGGUGGACACCAAACAGGCAGCGACGCCCAAACAGAUGGUCUGGUGCCGCAGGCCGAGGUCCCAGCAGCCCUCGGUGGUGUUGAUGUGGGACCGGCUCCUCCUGGUGGUGGGAUCUUGUAACGACACCAUCCAGUUCCCCCUGGAGGACCAGUCGGUGCUGGUGGGUGAACUGGACGGGGUUCGGAUCAUUGGCUCCAGCAGCCACGAGCUGCUGCAGGAGGUUCCUCUGGUCUGCCAAGAUAUCUUCAAGAUCGCCUCCAUGGCUCCUGGAGCGCUGCUGCUGGAGGCCCACCGGGAGUACGAGAAGUCCAGUCAGAAGGCGGACGAGUACCUGAGGGAGAUCAAGGAGCAGAACGUCCUGGGAGACGCCGUCCGGCAGUGUGUGGAGGCGGCCGCUCAUGAGUACGACCCCGACACCCAGAAGGCCCUGAUGAGGGCGGCGUCCUUCGGGAAGUGCUUCCUGACGGAGUUCAGCCCGGAUCAGUUUGUGACGACAUGCAGGGAGCUGCGGGUUCUGAACGCCGUCAGAGAGAGCAGCGUGGGAAUGCCGCUCACACACACUCAAUUUAAACAGAUGACCCUUCAGGUCCUGAUAGACAGGCUGGUCUACCGGCAGUUCUACCCUCUGGCCAUCGAGGUCUGUCGCUACCUGAAGAUCCCAGACUACCAGGGAGUCAGUCGAGUCCUGAAGCACUGGGCGUCCUGCAAGGUGCAGCAGAAGGACUUGACCGAUGAGGCCAUAGCCCGAGCCGUCUGCGCCAAGGUGGGAGACUCACCUGGAGUUUCGUACUCGGACAUUGCAGCUAAAGCGUAUGAAUGUGGACGACCGGAGCUYGCCAUCAAGCUGCUGGACUUCGAGGCACGGUCCGGAGAGCAGGUUCCUCUGCUGCUGAAGAUGAAGAGGAGCCAGCUAGCUCUCAGUAAAGCCGUGGAGAGCGGCGACACCGACCUGGUUUACACGGUGGUGACGUACCUGAAGAACGAGAUGAACAGAGGAGAUUUCUUCAUGACCCUGAGGAACCAGCCGGUGGCGCUCAGCCUCUACAGACAGUUCUGCAAACUGCAGGAGCCUCAGACGCUGAAGGACCUGUACAACCAGGACGACGACCACCAGGAGCUCGGCAACUUCUAYGUGACGUCCAGCUACAGGGACAAGAGGCUGGAGGGUCGGCURGCGCAGUUGCAGAGCGCCGUGGACGAGUACAACAAGGCCAAGAACGACUUUGCUGCCAAGGCCACGGAGGAGGAAAUGCGUCUCCUUCGGUUCCAAAGGAAGCUGGAUGACGAGAAGGGGGCGGGGCUUCUGGGACUCUCCCUGCAGGCCACCAUGGAGGCUCUGAUGUCGUUGGGGCUCCACAAGCAAGCAGAGCAGCUCUACAGAGACUUCAGAGUGCCAGACAAAAGGUACUGGUGGCUGAAGCUGAAGUCUCUGGCUGAGAAGGAGCAGUGGGAGGAGCUAGAGAAGUUCUCCAAGAGCAAGAAGUCUCCUAUUGGCUACCUGGCCUUCGUGGAGGUGUGCAUGAAGAACAACAACAGGCAUGAAGCCAAGAAGUACGUCAGCAAGGUCACACCUGAGCAGAAGGUCAAAGCUCACCUGGCUGUGGGUGACCUGGAGGGGGCAGCGGAUGCCGCCAUUGAGCGAAGGAAUGAAGCUGAGAUGGGGGCGGUCCUCUCCAGAUGCUCYGCCUCCGACMGGCUGCUGAUGGACAAGCUGAACCGGGCCAGGGUCGCCGCCGCCAAGAAGUGACCCAAACCGAGUCUAAGUCACCGCCCAUUCCUGCAGCUAGCAGCGCUAACACAGUCCSCUAAAUAAAUUCUUCUGUUUCCGA